AUGGACGCCUUCUCCGGAUACAACCAGAUCAGAAUGGCGCCUGAAGACCAAGAACACAUGGCUUUCAUCACCGACUUGGGGGUGUAUUUCUACAAAGUCAUGCCCUUUGGGCUCAAGAACGCAAGCGCCACCUACCAGAGGGCCGUGAACAAAAUGUUCGCCGCUCAAAUCGGGCGGAACAUCGAAGUCUAUGUCGAUGACAUGAUCGUCAAAAGUCGCAUGGUGGCAGACCACCUGACCGACUUGGCUGAAACAUUCUCUACACUCCGGAAGUAUGGCCUACGGUUAAACCCGACAAAGUGCACCUUCGACGUCGGGUCGGGAAGGUUCCUCGGAUUCAUCGUGCAUGAAAGGGGAAUCGACGUGAAUCUGAAAAAGCGACUAAACGGACGGCUUGCUGCCUUAUCCCGAUUUCUGUCUCGGUCCGGUGAUCGUUGCCUCCCCUUCUUCCGGGCGUUAAAAAACCCCAAGGACUUCCAGUGGACGGUGCAGUGUGAAGAGGCUUUUACACAAGUCAAGCGGCACCUGGCCAACCUUCCCCGCCUUGCUUCGGUCGUCUUCGGGGAAAAGCUCAGCGUUUACUUGGCCGCCUCCCAGCAUGCGGUCAGCUCCGUCCUAACCAAAGAAGUUUCCGGGGAGCAACUACCGGUCUACUACGCCAGCCACAUCCUGAACGGGCCCGAGGAGCGGUAUCCGCCGCUCGAAAAGCUCACUUUGGCACUUGUGCUGGCAUCCCGGAAAUUACGCCCUUACUUCCAGGCUCACACGAUUGAGGUAAUCACUGACCAGUCGCUCCGGCAGGUUUUGUCUAAGUUUGAUGUCGCAGGUCGACUCCUCAAGUGGUCGGUAGAACUCGGAGAGUUCGACAUACAUUACGUUCCAAGGACUAUCAUCAAGACCCAGUCCGUAGCCGACUUCAUCGCAGAACUGGCCGAUGGCGGGAAUGGAAGCCCCGAGCAGACGGAGGAGGCGUGGGACUUGCACGUGGACGACUCGGCUACCUCCAGCAGCGCCGGCGCGGGGUUGGUACUCUCAGCUCCCGACGGACGCUCAUUCGAACGAUCCCUCCACUUCGGGUUCCGGGCCACCAAUAAUGAAGUCGAAUACGAGGCGCUCCUGGCUGGACUUAAGCUGGCCCUUGAAAUGCAGGUGGACGUCAUUCACAUCUUCACUGACUCGCAGCUCGUCGCCGAGCAACUUAGCGGUGGGUACGAAGCCAGAGAACCAACCAUGGCAAGGUACCUAGCAGAGGUAAAAAUCUUAGCUUCCAACUUCUCCCGCUUCACGUUAUCCAAGGUACCGAGGAACCAAAAUGAACGAACCGAUGAAUUGGCAAAGAUGGCUUCGAGACUGGACCACGGAAACCGCCCCGCGAUCGAAGAUCUCCCAUCCCGCGCCAUCUCAGUUUUGUCUGUAGCUCUGGCCGAAGCGCGCACCACGUGGGUACAGGAGAUGCUGCUCUUCAAACGCAACGGGGUCCUUCCCGACGACGAAGCCGCGGCGCGCCGCAUUCGCCGAAUGCAAGCAUGGUAUUCCGAGGUGAACGGACGGCUCUACAAACGGUCCUUCUCACAGCCCCUGCUGCGAUGCCUCGAGCCUAGCGAAGUGAAGGCAGUCCUCGCCGAGGUCCACGAGGGGAUCUGCAGGGAGCAUAUCGCUGCUCGAACCUUGGCCUACAAAAUCCUUCGUCAAGGAUACUACUGGCCCACCAUGUCUCAAGACGCUAGAAACUACGUGCAGUGGUGCGGGCCCUGCCAGUGGCACGCCCGAACGCCCAGGCAGUCGGCGGUCCCCUUGUCCCCCAUCGACUGCGCAUGGCCCGUCGCUCAAUGGGGAUUGGACCUCCUCGGCCCUUUUCCACGGGCCUCGGGGCAACGACGAUACAUCAUCGUGGGCGUGGAUUACUUCACCAAAUGGACCGAAGCCGAGCCGCUAGCGACAAUCACGGAACGACAAGUGGAGAAAUUCGUUUGGAAGAACAUCAUGACUCGAUUUGGCUUGCCAGAGGCCAUCAUCACGGAUAAUGGACCCUAG